AACAGCUGGAGAGACGCGGAAACGCCCCACAACUGUCACCACAUAUCUGUGUAUGUGUGUGUGUGUGAGAGAGAGAAAAAAUUAGCAGCAAAAAUAAAGUAAACGCUGAAGUGGCUGGGAGGGACUAAAAGCAUAUGUUUGUGAAAGUGGCGCUGAUGGCGGCUGGUUGGCUUCUUUAGGAGGGUCACUUCAGAGAAUUAGUGGAUUAGAUUUUAGUGGGAGGAUAUUGCGUGUUGUUGGACGUCUUUCAGAAUAAUGGAUGCGCUCAGAUUGUCCGCCGCUCUUCUUCUAAUUCUGCCUUUAUUCAACUGUGGAACCACUAUACAGUUCCCGGACUCUAAACUGACACGUAAUUGGGCGGAGCAGAUGCAGGAGGAGCUGGUGAAUUUGAUUGAUGCUGAGAGUGGAAUACAGAGUCUCAAAGAUAUUUUCUUGAAACUUCAGAGACACUACACUGUGAAACACAACAAUGCUCAACAGCUGGUGGCAAAUGCUGCGCAUGAAAUUGAGAAUCUCCUUGCCAAUCGCUCCAAAGCUCUGAAAGCACUGGUCGAGACUGCAGAAAAGCUCCAGAAGGAACACCAGUGGAAGGAUGAUAUUGACGUGAAUGACACAAUCUACUACAAUGCCAAGGACAAGUUCGACAUUAAUGACACAGAGGCACAGGUCCCCCAGAACCGGAUCAGACUAGAUUUUAAAGAGGAUCCUGAUUUCAAACGGCCUGUUUCAUACAACACGACAGCAGUGCACAUCCCAACUGACAUCUACGAAGGCUCCACAAUAAUUCUGAAUGAGCUCAACUGGACUGCAGCUCUGGAUGAGGUCUUCAAGAAGAACAAAGAAGAUGACCCAUCCCUCCUCUGGCAGGUCUUCGGCAGUGCAACUGGCCUGGCCCGAUACUUCCCAGCUUCCCCUUGGGUGGACACAAGGAAAACACCAAAGAAGAUUGACCUGUAUGAUGUGCGCAGGAGGCCCUGGUAUAUUCAGGGUGCAGCUUCACCAAAAGACAUGUUGAUCCUGGUGGAUGCGAGUGGAAGUGUUUCAGGUCUGACUUUGAAGCUCAUUCACACUUCAGUUAGUGAGAUGCUGGAAACGCUCUCUGACGACGAUUACGUCAACAUCGUCUCUUUUAACAAUACGGCCAAAACAGUCGCCUGCUUUGAAAACCUGGUCCAGGCCAACGUCCGCAAUAAGAAGAUUCUGAGGGAUGCAGUGCAUAAGAUCACAGCAAACGGCACCACGGACUACAAAAUUGGUUUCAAGAAGGCUUUUGAUCAGCUUUCCUCAAUUAAUGGGUCCAGAGCAAACUGCAACAAGAUCAUCAUGCUGUUCACUGAUGGAGGAGAGGAGAGAGCAUCAGAGAUCUUUGAUCAGUACAACACUGAUAGAAAGGUUCGCAUAUUCACCUUUUCUGUGGGCCAGCAUAACUAUGAUAAGGGGCCAAUACAAUGGAUGGCCUGCAAUAACAAAGGUUAUUAUUAUGAGAUCCCCUCCAUUGGUGCUAUCAGGAUCAACACUCAGGAGUAUCUAGAUGUGUUGGGCAGACCCAUGGUGAAAGCAGACAAGAAAGCCAAAAAUGUGAAAUGGACCAAUGUUUAUUUGGAUGCCUUGGAGCUGGGCCUCGUGAUUACAGGCACACUGCCAGUGUUCAACAAAACCAGCACCAGGAACAGUCGAGACAAGAAUACGAGCCAGAACCAGUUGAUUCUGGGGGUGAUGGCCAUAGACGUGUCUCUGGAAGACAUCAAGGGACUGACGCCACGUUACACUCUUGGCCCAAAUGGAUACUACUUUGCCAUUGAUCCUAACGGCUACGUACUGCUUCAUCCCAAUCUUCAGCCAGAGGAUCUGAAGUCUCAGGAACCUGUGACACUGGACUUCCUGGAUGCAGAACUGGAGGAUGACAUGAAAGUGGAGAUCAGGAAAAGCAUGAUAGACAGUGAGACGGGCGAUCGGACAUUCCACACCCUUUUAAAGUCACAAGAUGAGCGCUACAUAGACAGGGGUGUCAGGUCCUACACUUGGGGUCCAGUUCAUAAAACAGACUACAGCCUUGCUUUAGUCCUACCAGAGUACAGUCUCCACUAUAUCAAGGCCACAAUAGGAGACACCAUCACUCAGGCCAUAUUUUCUGUAAGCCUGCAGGUGGACAAAUUUGAAGAAUAUGGAUAUACUUUCAUAGCGCCCAGAGAAUACUGCACAGACCUGAAACCACAGAGUGACAACAACACUGAAUUUCUCAUCGACUUCAUUGAAUACAUUGACAGGAAGACCCCCAACAACCCACUAUGCAAUAUGGACCUGACGAACAGAUUGCUGCUGGAUGCUGGCAUCACUGCUGAACUGGCCAAACACUGGAGUGAACAGAGACCGAAUGACAGAAUCAGGGCGAAGUUUGUGGCAACAGAUGGCGGUGUCACAAGAGUUUAUCCCGCAAGUGCUGGUCCAGAAUGGACCGAACAGGCAGAAACAUAUGAGUCCAGUUUCUACAGGAGAAGCCUGGACAAUGAUAUAUACAUGUUUACACCAACACCAUACAUGGCCAAUGAAACUCAAGAGUCUGUUUUAGUGAGCAGAGCGAUGGACCUGAGAAUUGAUGAAUUUAGGUUGAAGCCAGCCGUGGUCGGGGUAAAACUGGACGUACAGACCUGGAUGGACAGCUUCAUGAAUGCUACAAUAUCAUCAAAGUGUGAUGGUGAAAUCUGUGGCUGCCGGAAGAACGACAUGUUUCUUGACUGUGUUCUACUGGACGAUGGAGGCUUCCUCGUCAUGGCUAAUCAGGACGAGUACAUCAGUAUGAUCGGACAGUUUUUCGGAAUGAUCGACCCCGACAUAAUGAGAAAUUUGCUGAACGAAUCCCUGUUCUCCGUCAACAAAACCUACGACUAUCAGGCCCUUUGUGAGCCCACCAGAGAAACUAAAGCUGCCGCUGGCCUCAGAUCAGUCUAUGUGCCCACAAUAGCUGACAUCCUGAACGUUGGUUGGUGGGCUUCAGCUGCUGCCUGGUCAAUAUUGCAGCAGUUGUUUGUCAGCAUCACAUUUCCUAAUUUCCUCGAGGCAGCUGACCUAGACGACGAUCUGUCCGAAAUGCCAUCUAAGGAGAGUUGCAUUACAGAGCAGACUCAGUAUUUCUUUGAAAACAACGAGACAAGCUUUAAAGGGACUGUUGAAUGUCUGAACUGCUCCAGACAGUUCAUAGCUGAAAAGCUUCAGAAAACUAAUCUGGUGCUUAUAGUUGCUGACGCACAUAAGAGCUGCCAAAUGUGUGAAGAGCCACCAUUCUCCCAGGAAGAGAAGCCUUCUCAAGGUCCAGAUCCCUGUAAAAUAGCCCAGAACCCACGGUACCGGAAAGGUCCAACAGAGUGCUUUGACAACAACGCAAGUGAACUUAAAGCGGAUUGUGGUGGGGCGUCAGGUCUGACUCCGCCUGUCGUGUCCCUGACCAUCCUUCAGCUGCUGCUGCUCUGGCUUCUGAUUGGACGAGGACAUUGUCUAUCGUGACCUCAUCACAGAGAGGCCACACCCCUUGACAUGCCAAAAUAUCUACCACAUCCAGCCGUGCAUUUGAACGUUCAUCCGAUCUCCCACGCCACAACCCAGAAAAUAGAGGUAGAGACUCUGACCCAGGAAGUAAAAACCAAUGCCGUAAUCACUUGCAGCCCUUGAGGUCCGAACGUGUCAGAGAUGAUAAAUGACCAACGACCUUUGACAUUUGACCUCUGAGGUCAGACUCUCUCCACAUGGGUGGCAGGGUGGGCAGUGUUACCAGGGUGGGCAGAGCUUGACACUUUGUCAUCAUUUUGCCAUGAGGGAUGUAUCUCCCAUAAUGAUCCAGUCACAACACUGCCAACUGCCAAAGUUCUGCCCUUUACCAGUGUGUUGCCUUUUUUUAACAUUUUUGUCGUGUUUAAAGCAGCUAAUUUUUCAGUAUUACAAACUGUUUAUAUGUGACUUUUACGGCCAGCUCACAUUUGUCCUGCUGAGAUAUUUUAAUGGAACCCUCUGGUUGGGUCAAAAUCUUUUAUUUUGGUCUGCAGCCCAUUACUAAAAAAAAGACAAAUGAGUGACUGACCCAAUGGCAAAAGUCUCUUGUUUUUCCCAGUGGUUUCCACCUCUGUGCCUCGGGAAUAUCGUUUUCAUUUCCCACCAUUGUUUGAGUGAUUAAUCCCUCCCUUGAUCAUGCAGUGAUUUAAAUUUGUCCAUAGUGCAUUAAAACAAAAUGUGCACUGCUGCCAAACGUUACCCUGUUUGUGUGGUCUCGCUGUACUUUGCACUUGAUGCCAAGCAGGUCGUUUGGCUGAACAGCCCUUCCAUAUGUAUUUAGAGCUUUUUAAAUGACGGCCAAUUCGCACAGACCUAAAAGCUUGGAAAGUUUUACUGGUUAUGUAAGUCAUGGCUGCAUUCAUGCAAAAAGAAAAGCCACUGUUGCAUGUGUGUGUUUUGUUUUUGAUGCAUUACCUGUUUAUUUAUGAAUAUUUAUAGGGAAAGUUCACUCAAAAGUGACAAUCUUGUCAUCAGUUACUUACUUCAUGUUUAACUUGAAUGAUAUUUAUUCUUCUUUGUAACACAAAAGUAGAACACAGAAUGUUAGUCUCAGUCACCAUUCACCUUCAUAUCUUCUUCCCCCCCAAACAAUAAAAGUGAAUGCUGACUGAGACUAACAUUCUGUGUUCUACUUUUGUGUCCUGCAGAAGACUGAUUACAUGCAGUUUUGGAACGACAUGGGGGUGAGUGAAUGAUGACAGCAUUUUCAGUUUUGAGUGACUAUCCUUAAACUAUCCCUUUAAGUUAUUGAAACUAGAGGUUUGUGUUUUCUGCUGUAUGUUUAAUGUUGAAUUUUCUGUGCUAUAUAUAAUAUGUGUGUGGAUAUGAAGAUACUAAAGGGUGACAGGUGUUUUUUAGAGUACAGUUCAUGAUAUAGUUGCACUUUGCCUCAUUUCACCAAAUACCAUCUGAAAACUUGAGAAGUGGAAAGAAAAUCAGGUAAAGUUUACAGAUAUUUUGGGGACAAAUUACGUUUUCUAAGAAAUGUUGUCCCUGGUUGUGCUCUCUUUCGAGUUUAUUUAUUUGGCAGUCUCUAAUGUGUCAUUUUUCACUUUAAUGUCACAGUAAGAAGCUUUGGCAGCAUUUCUUUCCUGUCAGUGUGCCUUGAUGUAGGUGGAUCUACGUUAAAAAAAAAAUGGGAGGGACUAUUACAAUGACCUGAUGACAAAUGCAAAGCAAUGACAAAAUCCAACAAAAUGAAACUCCCUUCAUCUGGAUCUGUGUGUCUCAAUUAAUUUUGGGCCAAAAUCCAAAAUAUAUAGAACAAUCAAAAGGGAGCUUGAGAAAUUUGACAAGAAUAAUAGCCAUUCUUAAAAUUUGGGAAAUAUUUAAAACAGGGUUGUAACCGCCAUAGACAUUGUUUUUUUAGAAAGCAUUACUAAUAAAGCACUGUUCCCACUGACAGUUAUUUGCAGGGACAAAGCAACCAGAAAUCUUUUAUUUUACUUUGACAGCUGGUGAUUUAAAGAAAUAUUCCGGGUUCAAUACAAGUUAAGCUCAAUAUUUGUGGAGUUAUUCAACAUUUGUGGAAUAAUGUUGAUUACAAAAAAAUUAUUUUGUCUCGCCCCUCCUUUUCUUUAAAAAAGGAAAAAAAUAGAGUUACAGUGAGGCACUUAAAAUGGAAGUGAAUGGGGCCAAUAUUUGGAGGGUUUAAAGGCAGAAAUUUGAAGCUACAUUACUUCUUUUGUUAUAACUUGUGUAUUAUUUGAGCUGUUUUUUUAAGUAGUAAUUUUAGGGUUUUAGGGUUUGUUGACAUUGCAUCAUCAUGGCAGCAAAUUUGUAAAAUUAGCUAUAACUUUACAAAGAAAAGGUUAUUAAGUUAUGUUAACACAAUAAAAUCAUGUUUUCAUGAAUAUUGUGUACGUCUUGUGGUUAUAUUUUUGAUAAAGUGAGUAUUUUAAAAUAAAUAAAUGUGCCCUCAUUCACCUCCAUUGUAAGUGCCUCAGUGGAACCCAGAUUUUUUCUUUUUUUAAAAAAAAGGUUAAGGAGGGGCAAGUUCAAAUACAUUUAGGUUGAAAUCAAUAUUACAGGAGUGGUGGUGGUGUAGUGGUCUAAGCACAUAACUGGUAAUCUGGUAAUCAGAAGGACACUGGUUUGAACCCCACUUAACUCCAGGUUGCUCCAGGGGCAUUGUCCCUGUAAUAAGUGCUCUGUAAGUCGCUUUGGAUAAAAGCAUCUGCCAAAUGCAUAAAUGUAAAUGUAAAUAUUAUGCCACAAAUGCUGUCGAAUGAGCUCAACUUGUAUCGAACCCGGAAUAUUUCUUUUAAGGUGUCAAGAGUAAAAGAGGCGACCGUUGGUGUUAGCAAUGCAACACAGUUGAACAGAUCUCAACUUUAUGUAAAUGCACAAUGAUGCAAUGGAGAUGCGUUGUGCUCCUAAGUGGGGCUCAAGUGAUCCACCACCUGAGACAAUUGGAUUCAAAAGUCGAGAAGAAACGCCUACUAGCAACCAACAAAUCAGCAAUUAAGAGGAAGACAUAGCACUUUACAAUAAGGUUCCAUUUGCUACCAUAAAUUAUUGCAUUAGGUAUGGUACAAUGAACAAUAUUUUGAAGCUAAAUUUACUAAUCUUGAUUAAUGUUAAUUGAUAAAACACAAUUGUUCUUUGUCCAUUCAUGUUGGUUCAUAUUAACUGAUGUAGUUAAACUAAUGGAACCUUAAAGUGUUACUUCAAAGCUUUACAGCACUGUCAGUAUGAACGGCCCUUUAAAUGGAUGUUUUACUCUGGCAAAAUGGAAAAGACAAGCAAUUCAAUAGGAUGUAUGAAAGUUAUAAUUAUUUCCAUUUUAGCCUUUAGUACUUGGUCAUUAUUGUUGCUGCCUGAUGCUUAGCCAAUGCUCAAUAAAUUCAAUAUUUAUUGAUAAUGGAACUGAUAUGAAAUAUGCAAAGAUCUAUCAUUACUCGUUAUUAAUGAACACCAAACCUUAUUGCAUACUUUUUUAGUUUAUAAUUGUACAAAACUAAGCUCAAUCUGCAUCUCUGUCAAACUGAUUUUAAUGCAGUGUUUAUUAUUUUCAUUGUACUCUUUAUUUUUUUUGUUAGUUAGUUUAGUUUAGAAAAAAACAGGAAAUUAAAAGAGAUGAAAACAUAUAACAUCAAACCUGGGAUGGAGGCUGGAAUCCAGCAGGCAACGUGACUACUACUUCACGCAUCAUUUCCUCUCUUUACAGGAAACGGUUUUGUUAAUGCACCUUGGAGAUGAAAACAUCCCAAGUUCCAGAUCGUUAACCGGAAGGCAGAUUAGUUACAUCACUUAAUUUAUAGCAAAUUUAAUGUCAUCUUGUUUAUUCUAAGUACAGUUAAAUGUACUGAAACAGAUGUUUUCACUUCCUCCACCUGUUGUCUACCUUUUCCAAAGUGCCAUAGAAUUCAGUUUUUCUGCAUAUUUGUCUAAACAAAAACACUGGGAACUGUCACUUCCAAAAACGUAUUUUUCUUAAGGGCUGUUCAUAAUGAACGCGUUAAUGGAUCCAUCUGUGCUGUUUCUCGGUUGUUUUUGAAUUGCUUGAUUGUUUUUUCAGGUCUCGCUUGAACUUUUAUCUAUUUUAAUUAAGCUUCUUAUAAACCUUUCUAGAGGUACCUGCGUUCUGCUCUAUAUGUUGCGCUGCAUCAAGCAGUUUUAAGCGCAAUAAGUGUUUGCUCUGAGCGGCCCCUAAAACAGUAUUCUUGUCAUUUUCCAGGAAAUAUAUCUAAACAUUCUUAAAACAAAAAACUUAAGAAAAUUUGUGUAAGCUAUUAAGAUUAAGACUCCAUUGAGCUAAAUAAAAAUAAAUUAAAAAAAGACUUAUCCCAUCUUGUAUUAAGUGUGUUUGGAUAUUUCACUAGAAUAGAAAUACACUGAUUACGAUUUUUAUUUAUUUAUUUAUUUGGCUGUGUUUUGACCUAUGAGGAUCCUCAAAACUGGUGGAUAAAAAAUGCAAAUGCAAAUAGAAGCAUUUUAACUUGUGGUCUCAGACUUUUGGACCCCACUAGAUAAUUAGAAAAUACAUGAGAUACAAAUACAUUUUUAUUUCUACUUCCAGCUCUUCAAGUUCAGAUGCUGUCACGUGUCACCUCAGGAACUGAAUAUUCACAAAUUGUGAUUCAAAGUGUUUCAUGAUGCAGAUGUUUCUUGCUCUCUCUAUCUCUGUCAUCUCUCUCCUUUUUCUCACUGAACUGUAUGGGUUUUGAUCUCUUGAAAUCUCAGAUAGCAUGAAGUGUGUUUUAAGUGGUCAGUCAUGUUCUUGCUGCCUCCGCUUGCCUCUUGGCUGACCGUCAAUCUGCCUUAGUUAGGGUUUUAGAGGACUUAUCUGUGAGGUUAUUUUAUUCCUUAAUUGUACUUUGAUGCUGUGGUUCUCAACUGGUUUUGCUUCAGGACUCAGAUUUUACAAUGGACAUCAAGUGGCCAACACUGUACCAAAUAUAAACGUAUUUGAUGUAGUCUAGCUCAUAUAUUCUUUUUACUUUUUAAAUGAAAGUGUUUUUUCCCCAUUUGUCUCCAUUGAUUUUUCAAGGUUUUCAAAGAUGACGGCCCAUGUUGUCCAUGUUUACAUCAGCCUAAUUUAUCAAAAUUGCACCUAAGUGACUACAUUUGCAUCAAAAUACUGUAAAGUUGAAUUGGGCACACAGCUGUAGUUCAACAAGAAAAUAUAUGGGAAGUGUUUUCUCAUAAUUUUUAUUGAUAUUCUAACCAUGGAUGAUUAUAUUGUUGGUUGCAUUGCAUUAUUCACAUUUAGCAGUUUUAACUUAACAUUUGACCAAACUGCAGCUCUAAUGGGUGUCUAGGUGGUGGUCAUUGCCCUCCAAUGAUGAAAUAAGCAUUUUCCCACCAUAAAGAUCAAAAUGACCCCCCACCCAACAAAAAAAGUAAUCGCCUCUGCCAGUGACCCUUUUUUGGUUCAGGAAAGACCAGUUGAGAACUACUGCUUUAAAGCAUAACUCUCUUGUGAAUAUUGAUACGCCUGAAUCCAACCGUGUGUAAAUUUGUACAAAAGUGUUCUUUAAAACACAAAUUUUAAAGAAAGCCUACUGUUUACCAUCUUAAAAUUGUCUCAAUUCAUGUCCAAGUGUAUUCAGAAUAAAAAAGGUUUC